AUGUCUUUCCACCCCCAGACUCCCCAAAGUCCCUCGCAGUUCUCGCCCGCAACCUCUUCGGAUCCGUCCCUCGGCUUGUCCGGCUCUGUGGCCGCCGCGGGAUCAGGAACGACGACCUUGCCUACGCCUGCGCACAGCGUCAACGGCAGCUCCUCGCAACUCGACUCCUUCAUCAUGCUCGACGACUCGCCGCACAAGCGAAAGCGGCCGCUCGAGGAUGUCGGCGACGACGACCGCGAGCCGAAAAAGGCGCACGUCGAAGACGGAAAGCUGGCCCUCGAAGACUUGCACCUGGACGUGGGCCCGAAAUAUCUCCUUCUGCAAUCUCGUAAGACUCCCUCCGUUGCUCUCGUCUCGCUCCUCCGCCCUUGGAAGACGCGACCUCGACAGUUCGCUGGGAUGUUUUUCUUGCCGUUCCCAAGAUCCCUGCUUUCGCAUCCCGAGUCUCUUCCUAGGACGUCGGAGGAUCUCUACGAGAUGUUUGACUUGACCGGCUUAGCUGCCGAAGUCGCCAGAGAGAAGCCAAACGGCGAGAAGAAUGCGCUCCGCAAGACGUACAAGGGCCACAUCAAGCGGCUAGGCGUCGCUGGACACUUUGACGUCCAGAAGAAGAAGGAGGAUUCGCCCUCGGAUUUCCUAGCCAUGCUGCAGGUUCCCGACCACGAAUGGAACGUCCAUCAAGUCAAGGGCCGCGCCCUCAUGGACGGCUUGUCUGAGAUGACCAAGUCGUCCCUGGGCCGCGCCCUGACCAUGGCCAAGGGCCCAAUCGCGAAAUCGGUUUGGGACACGUCGGUACUGGGGGACAUUGGUUCUAAUGGUGAUAGCUCAAAGGCGCCGUCCGCGAAGCCGACGGCGCCCAACACACCUUUGAUAUCCAUGCCUGGGGCCGCCAUGAGCCGCCCCAAGGCUCAGCUGCUGUCCGGUCAAAGCCCCGCCCGGCCCCAGCGGAGCAUCAAGAAACGGUCAUACGGCGACAGCAGCUACGAGGGAUACGGUGAAGGCUUUCCCGAUGAUGAUACCGGCCUUGAAACAGGCUAUUCUACGGGAGAAGGCGAAGGGGGCCAGAAGCGUCGGAAGAAGGCAAGCAAAAAAAGUCUUGAUUCUCCCUCAUCUCACCAUUUGACUUCUAACCUCUUGCAGAGUUCAGGAACAACGCCGCCUUACCCAAGCGCUAUGCGUCAAUCGAGCUAUGGCCCUGGAAUGGUUGGAGUAUGA